CAAGAACGAUGUGCUCUUUAACUAUAAAUAUAAGAAUACACGUUUUGUGCUUUAUGUUUCAAUUACUUCAAUUUUCCUUAAUAGAAAGAAGAGUUUUUUCAAAGUGCGCGCCACAUAAAUUAACCACUUUUUUAAAAAAUGCGACUUCUUUGCUUCAAAAUGAUGCUUUUUGUAAUCGUCCUGUUUUAUUGCCAGCUACAUAUCAGUCAACAACAAGGGUUAAAGCUGCAGAUUUCAAAAAACUACACGUUCAAUUUCUUGACGAUCUGGAUCUAAAAGCUGACUGCGUAUUUGAUCAUGUACAAUGGAAUGACAUUUUGGACAACAUCAUUGCAGUUGAAGGGCAGAGAAUAACUAAAAAUCAUGAGCCUGAUGUUUUUGUCAUACCAAACUUUUUCACCAAUGAACAAUGUGAAAAACUGAUAUCUACGCACAAUGAAAUGAAAAAGAGUGCAAAAUCUUUAAAAAAACUAUGGAAAUUUGCAACAUCGCGACAGCUGCUUGAAACAAUACAUCAAUCCUUCCUAAGCCCCCAUGAAUACAAACUUGAUUUCUGCAAACAAUAUGACUGUGAUGAAGUGUCAAUUACUGGAGAGAAUAUUGACGAAAAAUUAUUGUACAAUAUCAGCUUUAGCUCUAGUGUAUUAUUAGCAAGGGGUGAAAAUUCCCUUGUCGAUUUACUGGAAGGUAUAAUUGAAGAAAAAUUGGGACUGCCCAAAACGAACGCAUAUCACACACAAUUAGUGAAAUACAGAAUAAAUAGUGAGUACAAUAUGCACACUGAUUGUCAUGAAAUUACUAAUGACAGAAUGGCAACUAUAAUUGUAUAUCUCAAUGAUGUUGAACAGGGUGGUGAAACAGUUUUUCAAGCAAUGAAUAUUUCUGUAAAGCCUCAGAAGGGAAAAGCAGUUGUCUGGAAAAAUUUAAAUCUUCAAGGAAAGUGUGAUGCAGCCACUUCCCAUGUUGCUGCUAAAGUGAUCAAAGGUCAAAAAUUAAUUUAUCAAAAAUGGUUUUAUCAGAAACCAAUAAUGCCAAGCAGCAGAGAAAAGAUUCCAGUGUAUUGUGAUUUAAGUGGCAGCUGUCGUGAAUACAUAUAUAACGUAUCAUCAACUAAGGCAGUAAAGUUGAUGAAUAUGUAUGAAUAUGAGAUGGACCCAUACAAAAGACUGGAACACUGUGAGCAAGCCUUGUAUGAACAGCCCGUUUAUGCUGAAGGACUUUUAAAAUGUUCAAAAUUGUGCUUCAGUCUUGGUCAGUUGAGACAGGCACUUACCUUUGCUGUCAGACUUUUGGAAAUGCAUCCUCGAAAUGAGGAUGCUUUGAAGAUUUUCCAUUCAAUCUUGAAGUCUUUGGACUUUUCAUAGUAAUCAUUGGAUGCAUGAUAAUUUUAAAGGACCAAAUCAUGCAGCAGUUAAUAAUUAUGAAAAAAGCUGGAAGAAUCAUUAAAAAAUAAUCAUUUCAUUGAACAUGAUUGGUUGGGACAAUCUGUGCAUCAUUUAAAUAAUAAAGAAUUUUAACAUUGACUUGCGUUUAUAUCUUAACUAACUUAGGCAGAAUGGUUUAAGUUGAAAACGCAUGGGAAUAUAUAAUGACAAGUAGACAUUAUGAUUGAACAAAGUAGCAAUUUUGUAAAAGAUAUGGCCACAUGAAAUAUAUCUAACGUAAGAAGGC